GCAACGCUUGGGGUGCAGGACAGGUUGCCGUGGCGGAAGGAAGAAACAGGCACACGUACACUUCACAUUGUAAUCAUUUAAUAGUUUAUUCAGCUCUGCCUAAUGGUAAAAUUAAGAGCUCGAUGUGUUGUCGUGGGAGAUGCAGCUGUAGGGAAGAGCACACUGUGUCAGAUGUUCUGCAGUGAUGGUGCCGUCUAUCAGAAAAACUACACUAUGAAUGUUGGUGUGGAACUGCUGGAGAAGUCCAUAUCCAUUCCUGAUACCAGUGAUAGUGUGGAGUUUUAUAUUUAUGAUUCAGCGGGGCGGGAGUCGUUUGCAGAUGCCUGUGAGAACAUGUGGGGUCAGCCGUCAGUGAUGUGUUUGGUGUUUGACAUCACCAGCGAGACCUCGUUCACCAGCUGCAGUCGCUGGCUCGAGAGAGUCCAAACUCACUGUAACAGACUACAGGUGCCAGGUGUGUUGGUGGGUAAUAAGUGUGAUCUGUCGUCCAGGAGAGAGGUGGAGAGCACUUCUGCUCAAGCGUUUGCUCAGAAUCACGGCCUUGAGUAUCACGAGACAUCUGCUAAAGAGAUCGGACAGUAUGAAGCUCCAUUCGUCAGUUUGGCUCAAGCGUUUCACACUCUCUAUCAGGAUCACAUAAACACCAUCCAGAGUUUCAUUUAAACUUCUCUGUCACAACAGCUCAUCCGUGCUGUCAUGUAGAAAUGUUUUAUAUCAAUGUCAUGUUUUAAAACGGCAGUCUUCAGCCUGUGUUUGCACUGAAUGAAAUAAUUCAUGCAGAAUUUAGAUGACAAUAAAUAACUUGAUAAAGAAGCUGUCUGUAAAACAUGUAUCAGACUCUCUUUUUUUGUUUUGUCUUUGAUACCGUUGAAUGAAAUGCAUCAGAGCCUCUUUUUGUUGUCAUGACACUCAGUAGAAGUGAUUCUGAAUUUGUUCAAGGUGCUGUAAUAUAUUUGAGAUAUUGAGUCUGGUUCCGUAAUUAAAAAU